UGCUGCAACAGAAACAACGGUAAAUAUGGCUAUGAUGAACGCAUCCCGGGUGGAGGGCGAGGUCGAGGAAGAGGAAAGUUUUGGGCCACAACCGGUUUCCCGUCUGGAGCAGUGUGGCAUUAGCAGCAGUGACAUUAAGAAGCUGGAAGAUGGUGGUUUUCACACCGUGGAGGCCGUUGCGUACGCGCCCAAGAAAGAGCUGCUGCAGAUCAAAGGAAUCAGCGAAGCCAAAGCCGACAAGAUCCUGACAGAGGCUGCUAAGAUGGUUCCUAUGGGAUUCACCACAGCGACGGAGUUCCACCAGCGCAGAGCGGAAAUCAUCCAGAUCUCCACAGGAUCUAAAGAACUUGAUAAACUCCUGCAGGGCGGAUUUGAGACGGGAUCCAUCACUGAGAUGUUUGGUGAGUUUCGCACUGGAAAGACGCAGCUGUGUCACACACUGGCCGUCACAUGCCAGCUGCCCAUAGAUCAGGGUGGUGGGGAAGGAAAAGCCAUGUACAUCGACACUGAAGGAACCUUUCGUCCCGAGAGACUGCUGGCUGUAGCAGAGAGGUACGGGCUGGUGGGCAGUGACGUGCUGGAUAAUGUGGCGUACGCCAGGGCCUUUAACACAGACCAUCAGACGCAGCUGCUGUAUCAGGCCUCCGCUAUGAUGACGGAGUCCAGAUACGCUCUGCUGAUCGUAGACAGCGCGACGGCACUUUACAGGACAGAUUACUCUGGACGAGGAGAGCUGUCCGCCCGCCAGGGGCAUCUGGGACGCUUUCUGCGCAUGCUGCUCCGUCUCGCCGAUGAGUUUGGCGUGGCCGUUGUCAUCACUAACCAGGUGGUAGCACAGGUGGAUGGAGCGGCCAUGUUUUCUGCAGAUCCCAAGAAGCCGAUCGGAGGAAACAUUCUGGCACACGCAUCGACUACUCGAUUAUACCUGCGGAAGGGUCGAGGUGAGACGAGGAUAUGUAAGAUCUACGACUCGCCGUGUUUGCCCGAGUCGGAGGCCAUGUUUGCCAUUAAUGCUGAUGGAGUGGGAGAUGCCAAAGACUGACAAUAGCUUAGAUCAGAGAUAAACCCGCUUACCUGCACUGCCGUGAUACGAGACCAUCAGCAGGAGAAAAGACUCCUUUAAAAUGGUUGAAAUGUGUUUAGUCUGGAAUUAUACUUUGGAAAAAGAACGAACCCGUGAGAGUGAAAUUCAUGGUUUAUUUACAUAGGUGCAGAUUGAUGGAUCUGAGGGAUUUGAGCUGGUGUAAUUAGUGUGACGUCAACUCUUUAUUCGUUAUUUACAGCUUUUGUUAUAUUUGUGCGUUUUGUCUGGACUGAAUCUUUUUCUUGUACAUAAAACUACUCAUAAAGCGUUUUAUCUGUUAAACUAAUAAGUGUGUUUGUUUGAAUGUAUAUGCCAAAAGAGGAUUGAACCAUUAAAAUAGAUGAGGGAGAAAAACAGCAAAA